AUGUCCGUGAUCGAAUACAAACUUCUAAAAAAGCAAAUGAGAAUCCCCCCCAAUAUCGCCACUGGUAUGCCCCCAUACUACCAUACAAUAAUGGGUCUGACCCCCAUUCACCUCCACUAUUGACAUUAAUACUACAACAGCCCCUUCCACGGUACGAAGGGACAGGAAAUUUAACACUGAACUUCUGUAACAGCAUUGUUCCAUACGAACCCAAACAUGAUGAAGAUAUUGACUAUUAA